AGACGAAGAAGAACAAACAAGGAUUCAUUCGAUUUGAAAAUAAAUAAACCUCUUCUUCAGCUGAAGAUAGCUCACCAAAAUCUCUCUACCCCUCCUCCGUUUUGAAUUUUUUUUUUCAUCUGAAUGGAGAAAUCGGAUCAUGAUCUGAGUUCUAACCGGAAUCCAUUGGCGCGCCAAUUGGAUUUCUCAGCGGCGGCGGCGGCUGUGGAAACGAAGAUGAUGGAUUCUUCUUCUCAGGAGGGAAGUGAGAAGAACCAGUCGCGUUCUGUUAUCGACUCGAAGGGAGAUCAGAGAGAUGAGGACUUGGCUUCUCAGGAGCCUUCAGGUACCGAUGAGUCAGGGGUGAAGUCGGUGGAACAGCCGCCGCGUUCUCCGGUUAGAUCUCCGCAGCCUUCAGCGACGGAAGAUGUCACGCCACCGCCUCAGAGACCUCCGGUUCAUCGGUUUAGUCAUCAUCCACUGGGGAAGUGUCGAGUGAAGAGCAAGCAAGAACCUUUGACACCACGAGGGCAGCAGCAGACGACGGAAGCUGAGUCCAAGGAUGGGACUCCAAACAAGCUGAAGAAGCAUUGCAACUGUAAAGCUUCUAGAUGCUUGAAGCUGUAUUGUGAAUGCUUUGCGUCGGGAUCGUAUUGCGAUGGUUGCAACUGUGUGAAUUGUAGCAACAAUUUGGAGAAUGAGACCGCUAGACAAGAGGCCAUCACGGGGACUUUAGAGCGCAAUCCUGAUGCCUUCAAGCCUAAGAUUGCUGGUAGUCCUCAUGGAAUGGCUGAUUUGCAGGAGGAUGUGCGCCAACUCCUGAUUCUGGGGAAGCACAGCAAAGGAUGCCACUGCAAGAAAUCAGGAUGCCUCAAGAAGUACUGCGAGUGUUACCAGGCCAAUGUCCUCUGUUCAGAGAACUGUAGAUGUCAAGACUGCAAGAACUUUGAAGGAAGCGAAGAAAGACAUGCCCUUCUUCAUGGAUCCCACCAUGUCUCUGAAACCUACGUGCAACACACGACCAACGCGGCUCUCAACCGCGCCGUCUCCACCUCUGGUUUUCUCAACACUCCUGAAUCUAGAAAGAGAAAGAGCAAGGACGCUUCAUCUGCUGUUCCUCACCUUGUCCAAAAUCAGGCGGUAAAUCGCGUUAUCAGGAAUGGUGACACUUCUCUGUUUUCAAUCCCUAACAACAAAGCGGUGUUUGGACCUCCCACAUGUACUUACAGGUCUUCUCUGUCAAAUACUAUCCAGCCGCGUCAUGUCAGAGACCUAUGUACGCUUUUGGUCACAAAAUCGUUAGAUGUAGAAAAUAAAUAUACAGACAAAAGGAGGAAACAUGAGAAAGACCCUUCACUUGAUCCAGCCCAGAGAGAUGCUAAUGAGUUCAAUGACUCUCCAGAUUGUGUCCUUGAUUCUACUAGAAUGGACGAGAAGCCUGUAUCUCCAGCAACACGUGCAUUGAUGUGUGAUGAUGAACAUGUGAUCACAUCAGAGAAAGAGACAUCUGCCCGAGUGAAAGCAAGCCAAGAGAAAGAAGACGUAGACACAACCUCGGAGAUUUACUUAGAGAAAGAAAGACAGAUCUUGUCGAGCUUCAGAGACUUUCUCAUUCAGCUCUCAAACCGUGGGAGCAUAAAAGGAACAAAUAUCAAAACCAACACCAAUCCAAGCAGAAAGGGACCACCUGAUGAAGAGCAACGCCAUCGAGACUCAAGUUGUGGGUAAUGCUUAGGGAACUUAUUAUUCCUUUUUAACAUAUGUUCAUGUAACAAUUGUUUUAAGUUUAUAUAGGAAGAUCAGAUUAGAUUAGCUAUUAUUCAUACACUGGCGUGCAGAUUUUGAGUAACUAGUGUUUACUUAAAUAAAACUGUUACCUAAUUUGCUAGUUACAAGUU